CUUUAUUCCGUGGGAUUCCGAAACUACCCUUUUUGUGUUUUUCUUGGACAAGGGUUCACCGUUUCGCUGCAAUUUCAUCGCGCAGCGCAGGCUCAGAUCGCCUUGCUAAUCUUUUCAGAUCGGAUUACCGGAGAUGGGCGACAGCCAGUACUCCUUCUCCCUCACCACCUUCAGCCCGUCCGGUAAGUUAGUGCAGAUCGAACACGCCUUGAUGGCAGUCGGAUCCGGCCAAACUUCGCUUGGAAUCAAAGCGGCGAACGGUGUUGUCAUAGCUACCGAGAAGAAACUUCCUUCCAUUUUGGUGGAUGAAGCGUCAGUGCAAAAGAUUCAGCUUAUGACUACUAAUAUUGGGGUUGUUUAUAGUGGCAUGGGCCCAGAUUCUCGUGUGCUAGUGAGAAAAAGCAGAAAGCAAGCACAACAAUAUUUUCGGCUAUACAAGGAGCCUAUCCCAGUAACACAACUUGUAAGAGAAACUGCAGCUGUUAUGCAGGAGUUUACUCAAUCUGGUGGUGUAAGACCAUUUGGAGUUUCCCUUCUGGUUGCUGGAUAUGACGAUAAUGGUCCACAGUUAUAUCAGGUUGAUCCAUCUGGUUCAUACUUCUCUUGGAAGGCAUCAGCAAUGGGGAAAAAUGUUUCCAAUGCCAAGGCAUUUCUUGAGAAAAGGUAUACUGAAGAUAUGGAGCUUGAUGAUGCUGUUCACACUGCCAUAUUGACUCUUAAAGAAGGAUUUCAAGGACAGAUCUCUAGCAAGAAUAUUGAAAUUGGAAUUAUAGGCGUUGACAGAAAAUUCAGAGUGUUGACUCCUGCUGAAAUUGAUGAUUACUUGGCGGAGGUGGAGUAACUUCUCUGGAGUCGUUGCAUACAGAAGACGAUCUUGGUUCCAGCUAUUCGCAGUCGUUGCCUACAGAAUACUUUCUUGGUUCCAGCUUCGCACAUUUAGUUCAUUGAUGGUUCUUGGCAUGCCACAUAACUUAUUACUGGCUAUCAUUUAACAAAUUAUGACGGUGCAAUUGAAUUUUCCUAACGUUUUCUGAAUA